AGUUUGAGUUGUCAAAAACUAUGUUAGCUGUCAAAUCAAAACGGUCUUCCGAAAUUACCCGAAUGUUUUAAAUAUUUUGAAUUCAAAGUUAUAUUCAUCAAAAUUAGUUAUGAAUAAUCUAAAUAUGGACUUGGUUUUAUUUCGUGGCAAUGGCAGAGAACCAGCUAGUAACGUGAAAACAUUCAUUCUACCCGAUAAAUGUUUCGAAAAAGGCGUGGGAUGUGCGUGGAGGAAUGGCAACAAAUUUGCAAUAUAUCCUCGAAGUCAAACGCCGAGCAAAACAGCGUCUACCGAUGUUGACAACAAGAUCCUAAACAUUCGCCAAGAUGUGCUCUUAUUCACUUCAAUCUUACGGAAAUUAGUGAACGAGAGUAACGGGACGUACCUAUUAUUACAAAAGGCUGCAGAAACUGCAAAAACAACCGACAAUCAAGUUGAAUUUUUGAAAUUAUCACGACAAUACCGCUCCAUAAUCCGAGUAUGCAUAGAAAAUCUACAAGCAUUGUCGAGAGUGCAAGAUGGCGUAGAGAAGAAUAAUUUGCUGUCAUACAUAACAAUACUAUACUCAAUAGAAUGCAUUUGGCACUUGUGCGAGAUAUUGUAUAUUGACAACAUUCCCGGUGAUAUUGUGUUGCCAUAUUUGCUGGAGUGGGUACGAUUCCACUUUCCGUGCCAUGAGCAGACCGCGUCGCACCUACUGGAGGCGUGCGAGCGGGGCUCCGAGGACCAUCAAGACUACUGGAUCACCGUCAUAGGCAUGGUGGUGCAAGGGAGAGUGGACGUGGCCAGGGCACUCAUGAAACUGCACUCGGCUGCUGAAACCAAUGAGUUCAAGCUGGUCGACAAUUCUUUGAGGAGGCAUAUAGUUUAUGGUGGCAUAUCUACGGGGGAGUUUACAAUAACAUGGAAGCACUGGCAGGCAGAGUGCCGUUCAAAGCUCAGCAGUGGCGUUCUCUCCAAUGAACCCAAACUAGAGCUUAUUAUGAGAUUGAUCACAGGUGACUUUGGUGCAUUCUCGUCCAUACGUGGCGACUAUACGUCAUGGUACGACCUCCUGGGUGGGUGGGUGAUGUACACGGCCCCAUGGGCGAGACGGCAUGAGUUGGCGUCAGCUUCCGCCGCGUGCGCAGAGCUCGGGGACGCGCUGAGUAACUCGCGACUGGACAGAGCUAUACGCGCAUUGCUUGAUGGAGAUUUGUAUCAGGUGAUACAUGAAAUACAGCAAAUGUCUGAUAAUGGUUGGUUCGUAACUCAUCUCACAGACAUUCUGUAUCACUGCGGGAAACUGAGGAUCUUAGACAAACAUCAAACUGACGUCACAAACCGUUUACGAGACAGUCUUAUCUUGGAUUAUGGAUCCUUACUAAUGGAACACAAGUCUCUCUGGACGGUGGGGCUGUCAUAUCUUGCCUCAUGCCCUCCAGAGGGGCUGAGGAGGGCAGAGCUCAUUCUGGAGAGGAUGCCACUGAAGACAGAGGCCAAGGUUAUGAGAGUAAUGGCAGAGGCCAAGAAGUAUGGGCUUGUUGAUGUUGGUGUGAGUGCAUGCGUGUGCCAGUGCGCUGUGCAAGGAGGCGUGGGGCGGCUGGGCGCGGGCGUGGCGUGGGCAGUGCGUGCGCGCAGCGGGGCGGCGGCGGGGCGCGCGGCGCACGCGGCUCUGCGCCGGUACGUGCGCGCGCGCCGCCUUCCCGCGGAAGACCUGCUGCUCGCCGCUGGGCCUGCGCUGCUGCUGCACGACACUCUUCUCUUCCUAGGCAAAUAUUGCGAUUUCCAUCGACUGUACAAAGAUAGAGAGUUCAAGAAAGCAGCUCAACUUCUUGUUUCGUUGAUUACAUCGAAAAUAGCACCAGAUUACUUCUGGGAAACACUUCUCCUGGACACACUACCGCUUUUAGAAUCAGACGAACCUGUAUUCUCUUCGUCGGACACGUACGAGAUCAUGCUGUGCUUGGAGCUGAAGCCAGCAGGACUGGACAGUGAGAAGGCGGAUCUACUAAGACUGGCUCUCGCCAGGAACCUGGCGCGGACAGUCCUCUCUGAGGGUGGUGAGAACAAACAAACAGAAGACGGGAAGACGACAUAGCAGUAUGUUAUUAGCUUCUAGGAUAAUUCUGUUUAAGCUUACGAGUACUACGAUUUAUCACUGCGACACGACUUUAAAUCGCAAGAUUUUAUUGUCGCAGAUCGCGGUUUGUAUACUUUUAAUAACAAUUUACGAACAACCGUCGUGGGAAGUCUUAGAAAUAUGUUAGAGCAAUUUUGAAGUCUGCGACUUUUUGUCGUGGCGUUCGCAAGGCCAUCUAAACCAUCAGUAAUAGCAAAAUAAAUAGAUCGUAAUGCCCGAUAGUUUAAAAGAGAGGUUGUAUAUAGGUAUGUUAGGAAGUUGAUUAUAUUAUAGUUGCAGUU